UCUGUGGUAGAUUAAGUGCUUUAGGUUAUGUGUUAAUACAUAAUAUGCCAAUUGAAAAGUUAUAAAUAUAAACAACAAUUUAAAAUUAAUAUUUAGUCUAAACAGUUUACAAAAUGCUUAGUGCAUUAAGAAAUAAGUUUCGUGUAUCCGUCAAUACUUUCGUAAGAUCGUUUCAAACCACAGCACCAGUAGCUACGGAGCGUUUUGAUCUUAAAAGAAUCCCAGCUGACGAUGAAGGUGUACAGGGAGAAAAGAUAAUAGAUCUAGACUCUGUCUUAAAACAAAAACGAAAUAUUUUCCCUACACCUGAAUCUGAUAAAGAAUUACAUGAUGGUAUACUUUACAAAGAUCUGCCAAUUUGUAACAUAAGAGUAACACAUAAUAACACCAUCUUUACUCUAACAAGUGCAGAAGGGGCUGUAAAAAUAAUACGGUCUUGUGGCAUGGAAGGUUUCAAAAAUACAAAAAAAGGAACUAACAUUGCUGCACAGACUACUGCUAUAAGUAUUGCAUCAAAAGCUAUUGACAAGGGAUAUAAAACUAUUAAAGUACGAGUGAGGGGCUUGGGUCCUGGAAGAUUAUCUGCUGUAAAAGGUUUGACAAUGGGUGGUUUACAAGUUGUAUCAGUGACAGAUGCAACUCAUGUUUCAUGGAAUCCUCCUAGACCAAGAAAAGCAAGAAGAUUGUAGAUAACUUUGUUUAAUAGACAUAUUUAGUUUUAAUUAUAACUUUGUUAGAAAUAAAUAUUUCUUUUAUUUCUUCUAUAACUAUGAACAUUCUACCUCUUAACAAUUAAACUCAUAAUUGUAAGACAAUGUACACUUAUGAAUGAACUGGGACCCUAAUAUCCGUUACAUAAUUUAAAUAUCUUAAUGGAAUCCUCUCUCCCUGCCCCCAUCAUUAAACAAACCUAAAUUUUGUGGAAAAAACGAAAAUUGUGA